AUGGAGCAUAAAAAUAACUUAUACCAAGUCACUUUUUCUACGUUUCAUCAAACUCAGCAGCAACAAGACCGACGACAGCCUACGUUUCAAAUUCAAGACACCCCCGACGGCAGUACUUUCCUCAUCUAUCAAGCAGUACAGUCAGAGAAUUUCGAUUUUCCAUUCCCUUGGACGUAUCAACUCAUUGAGGAGCUCCAUCAACGUGAUCAUCCACAUCCAGACCAAAUGUGCGAACGAUAUUCCAGCAUUGGACUACCUCGACACUUAGCGGAUGCAGUCUAUGAGAUGUGCGACAUAUGCCAGGGCGCUCUUCGUAAAAAGCCAGCAGCACCUCGAUCCAAGAAGUUUUGUCAUGUCAAUGAGUGCGUCGCGAUGGAUACUCUCUUCCUGAAAUUUAACGGAGACGAGUACGCAGUUUUACACUUGGUCGAUGCGUUCUCGAAAUGGUCUUUGAUCAUCGUCAUUCAAGAAGGACACCCGACCGGAGCGGAUGUCUGCAGAGCUUUAGAUAAAUGGGCUACGAUUUUUGGUUCACUUCCCGGCGCAAUCUUCAGCGAUAACGGAAAGGAAUUCGUCAACGGACAAGUCUUAAGCUUCCUCCGUACCAACAAAAUGAUACAUUAUCGCUCGACUUCCGAUCGGCAUGCUAAUUUUGUAGAGUCACACAAUCGAGUAUUCCGGCGCAUCGUGGAGAAGUUAGUCAAUGUCGAUGCGAAACAUGUCGACAAAUUAACCAUGGACGACAUUUGCGCUUGGGGACAAAAAGCGAAGAACUCCUAUAUCAGGAAGUAUUUCGGGAGAUCUUUAUCUGCCCAACGGAUUGCACUACAAAGCGACGUCUACUUCGGACCAGUUACGGACGAAUCCACAUUGGACCAGAUGCUUCUGCAGAGAGAAGAACUUCGAAAGCGAGCAGCAUUGGCCGUCAAUGUGGAAGCAGAGCUUACGGAGCUUAAAAAUAACAGCGAAAGCCGCGGACGAAAAUUAGAAGCGUGGCGAACUGGUGACAAAUGCAGACUACUCGUAGCUGAUUCGAAGGAUCUUGGGGUCAAGCGGAUGCGCGACGCGGAAGUGCUCGGCACUCGCGGCGAAGGAGAGCGUGUAGUGGUGGUCCGGCUCACCAACGGCGACGUGCAUGAAGUUUCACAUGCGCGAGUUUUCUUACCUUCUGCGGAUGAGCUCUGCGUCGAAGUCCCAGCUACAAGCUCUUCGGUGCAACAUGAUGAUCAUAAUUCCGCUUCUUCCCCUCCACCUGAUUCGGUCGAUAACGUUUCUGAUGCCCCGUAUCUGCCUCAGGCUGAUCCCAAAGCGAAGCACAGCAACCGCGCGAAGAAAUUGGAACGGCUAUGCGUCAAGCAUUCGAAGCAACUGGUGGCGACUGCGCGCGCAAGUCCGGAGCUGCGCAGUGUGACAAAGAGCAACCUCCUGGACGGAACAUCUGGUGAGGUAUUUGCGGACGUUGAGGCUCAUUCUAGGACUAUUCCACAAGCAGCAACUUCAGGACUGCAACUAGUAUUAGUUUUUAGUCGUACUUUUCAAAAGCCUACUGCUAUCGUUCAUGAUGCUAGUCCGUUUAGACUUCAAAAGGAUGCAAAAAUGAUUAUUAGAAUACCACUAGAGACAGCAUCCGACAGCUUAGAAAGUGAAAACUUCGAGUAUCGCAUUGGUAACAGUAUGGAGCAAUCUAAUCGUAGUGAUAUUGACUUAUCUACGUUGGAUGCUAGAUAUUAUAGCGUUAUCUCUGGCGAAGAACUAACUGAGUUCUUGGCUUUACCUUUUGUACAGCAACAAGCUUACGUAAGUGCGCUAACCGUCAAUCAGCUUCGUUAUCUAACCAAGUUCCUGGGUAUCUCACUGAAAAACGGAAAGAAGGAACUUCAGGAUAACAUUCUGGCUUCUUGUAGGUCUCGCGCUAGAGCUUUACUAGCAUUCUAUAGCACUGACUGCGCUGACGAUUCUAGCACUAGAAACGAUGCUUCAGCUUUGUUUGUCCAGCAGGAGCCUAAUCCUGACCAAGAGCCUGUGUUUCUUUCUGAGAUGUGUGAUUUUUAUGAUGUUCUUCAGACGCAUCUGGCUGCAGAUAGUAGCGAGAUGAUCCACUUACAGCAUGGCGAUUCAUUAUUCUCACUACUGGAAAACGUUAGAAAUCCGGACGGUAAAGGUAACCACAUCGAAAAGAUAACAGUUUAUCGAGGACGUGGCAGGAUUCUUACUGGUAACUCGAAGCAUCUAAGUCAAGAGUCAUAUCUUUUGUUGCCUGACAGUCAAACAAAGCGAUUAGUUGGCGACGCAAUUCCGCGUAAGGGAGUCGUAGUCUCUUUUUAUUCUCGUCCUAAGCCUACUAUACCUGACAAGAUUACGGCCAACAAAUCAGCAAAAGGGAUCAAGUUAAAUCUUCCGGCUGAAUUAUUAGCAAAAGGCACCGUUCAGGACUUGCCUAUAUCUUUCUUCGAAGAACAUAACUUGAUGGAUCAACUUAAAGAGGCGCUACGUCAAGAACUAGGCGCAUUAAAUAAGUUCAAUGUUUUUGUUGUAGGUAAAAGGGAUCCAUCUCGCAAGCCACUUACUUCUAGACUAAUUCUAGGCAUCAAGACCCUUACCGAUGGUCUCUUAAAGAAAGUAAAAGUGCGCUAUGUACCUCGCGGAUUUCCUAAGAACGACGAUAGAUCUGGAUACGUGCGGAGAGACACUACUAUGGUCUCCCAAGAAGGACUACACUUAGCACUUCAAAAGUACUUAAAUGAAGGCUGGCUACUAUACGGCGAAGACUUCUUAAACGCGUUUUUACAAGCUGAGGAGAUAGAGGACUCCAAACUCCGACCUCACGUCGAGUUCCCCCCUGUUGACUUUCUUCCCCCUGAGCUUCAAGAUAUAGUGCGUGAAGUUAUGGGAUUUCAGGAAGACUCAGUUUGCAUUUUUAUUCGCGCUUGCUAUGGUCUUAUUGAUGCUUCUCGUGGUUGGUUUCGAACUUUAACUAAGAAACUUUUUGAAGUAGGUUUUCAGCAGUUACGAUGUGACCCAGGCAUUUUCAUCCUCGUUACUGACACCGCCAGCAAUGUCAUCCGAGGCACUAAGUCAGAAGCUUAUAUAGGUGAAGUUGAAACUCAAAAGUUAGAGGAGAAAGUCUACGAGAUUGAAACUUUACCACCAGAACACAAAGUCUCUGGCGUAGUUUGUCUUCACGUAGACGAUACCCUUCGGGGAGGUGACGACAAAUUCCAUGAGGUGUGUAAAGAAGUUACUUCAUAUUUUCUAGUAGGAGACAACUGGAAAGAAGAUCCUAAGUCUUUACUUCAGUCCUUUACUUUUCUUGGUCGUGACUUAGUUGUCGAGAGAGACGCAAGCGGCAGGCGAUCUUUCAAGAUUUCGCAGGAAGGAUACGCUGCCAAAUUAGCUGUAAUGUCUAUUCCUGAUGGUGUCGAUCUUGAAAAAGCUUUAGAUACAGCUUCGCAUAGUCUUUUUCGUGCUAUGGUUGGUCGUCUUAACUGGAUAACUUACAAGACAAGGCCCGACUUGCUAUUUGGUACUUUCACUGGUUCCAGGGCCGUUGCAAGUCCUAUUUGUAGCGACGUCAUUGCCCUAAACAAGACUUUGAGGACUGCUAUUUUUCAUCGUGGGAAUGGCAUUCGCAUGCACCCCAUGAAAGUAGAAAAAUCUCGCAUAGUUGCACUCACUGACGCAAGUUACAACCGUCACAAAACUUGCCCGUCUGUUUUUGCUGGUAUGUUUUUCGUAUCUGACUAUGACGUCGACUACGACCAAAACCUUUACACCAACGAGCCUACCGACCGUUUAGCGCCGGUAUCUAGUAAGCCCGCGUGGGUCCAUGCUUCUCUAGUAUUUUGGAGAACUCGAGUAGUUAUACGUAGAGUAGACACUAUUCUUGACGUUGAGACACUAUCUAUUCAGUACGGUUCCGUAACAGCGGAAUACUUACAAAGUCUAGGCCUCGAAAUGCAAGUUGUGUGCAGUAAACUUAAACCUUGCAUCUUUAACGAUAACAACUCAACCAUAACACACAUAAAGAGUUCGAACAAGCACAAGAAUCCAAGAAUGAAUGUUAUCUGGGGAACGCUACGCCAAGCGUUCACUAGUAACAAGUUUGCUCUUAAAUUCUUGUGCGGUAAAACUUCGAACAUUGUGGACGUUGGAACUAAACUAAAGUCUAACACUUUGCCUUUGUUCAUAAAGUCACUACGACUAGGCAAGCUGUUUAUAACGCCUUGAGCACAGCGGUUACGGCAGAGCUGACUUAUGUUUUUCUUCUAGCGUAUAGAUAAACAAACUUUACCUUGUGCGUCUAGAACGACUCACUUUUUACUACUUAAACUGUUGAUAAUUUAACCCAUUAACCUUGACUCGUAAGGCUAGCUGCAAAAGAGUUUGCUUACCAAAGAGUAGAGUGUAGUAGCGGUAAGUCAGUAGAACUACAAAAGAAAACAAGUAAAGAAAAGUACUGAACACGUAAAGAAGACCCACUCUAAAAGGCAAGGCUUUAGGCUGGCUCGUCGCACUCUCCGCGAUAGUGAUUUGCAUUAGACUAGCGUAGGUUAGUACUCUCUUUCACAUUGUUUGUCGUUGUAUACGUUUGCCCAGCACUGUUAACUUGUUGUUAAAUCAACCUUGCUCGCAAAACAUCUGAUCAAUGUCAUGCGUCGCAAGCUUUUAGGUUGGCGGGUGUGAGAGAAAUCCACACUACGCCAAUCUGUUUGAGUUGUUUGCUGGCAAUCUGUUGAGAGUUGAGCCAUAAGAAAAGCCAAAGCCUUGGAGUGAUUUAGUUGAGUAAUUAAGUGUUUAAAAGAAAAACGAACUUAAGUAACAACGCAUUGAAAACACACACAAGACAAAAACACUUUGACAAUUUCUUUUUCAACAGGCGUUUUAUGCAUUUGAAUAAAC